GAGAGGCGGUGAAAUUCAGGGUGAGGCCUAGGAAGGGAAAGAAUUCGUAAAAUUUGGGUGGUGGGGAGAAUCAGGGGUAUCGGGCAUCGUAUUCCCUGUUCUUUCCCUUUGUUGUUACAACCUGCAAGGUUACUUCGACUGUGGGACGUGGCACGUUGUUGAUUUCCACCCCCCCCCCGUAUCUUUGCUUACUAGAUUUCAGAGAUCCGGACAAUGAUUGUCAUAUUUAACCAAUGGUCUGUUGUUUUAAAGUCGUUGUUUAAAUUCUGGUAGCAGCCAAGAACACAAGAAUUAGGAGCAGCAGUAGGCUAUUCAGUGUCACGAGCCUGCUCUGUAAUCAUUUAAAUUAUGGAUGAUGAGGUUAUGGUCUCCACUUACUUGUCUGCCCACAACCCUGACCCUCGAAUCGAUCAAGCAGCUACUCAACUCAGCCUCUAGUCCUCUCUUCGUAUGUGAAUUCCAGAGAUGAACAACCCUCUGGAGAAAAAAAAUCUCCUUAAGUAUUACUGAUUUUUAAACCGCAUCCCUUAGUUCUAGUCUCCCCCAGUAUCUUUGCAGUAUCUAUCCUGUCAAAUAAUCUCAGGAUCUUUUAUUUUUCAGUAAGGUUACUUUAUUCUUUUAGACUCUAAUGGAUAUAGGUCCAACUUGCUCAAUUUUUUUUCAAUAAGCUAACCCCUUUGUCCCAAUAAUCAAUUGAGUGAAUCUUUUCUGAUUUACCUCUAAUGCAAUUAUUUACUUACUUAAGGAAGGAGACCAAAACCGUGUUGUUUACUUCAGAUGUAGUCUUGUCAGUGACCUAUACAACUGUAAGAAGGGGUUGGUUAGUUGUUGGCUGGACAGCUGGUUUGCAAUGCAGGGUGACACAGCAUGAGUUCAAUUUAUGGUGUAGCUGAAGUUACCACGAAGGACCCACCUUCUCAACCUCUCCCCUCCCCUGAGAUCAUUGGUGGAAAUGACUCGAUCGAAGAGGAUACGCAAUCACAACAGCGACAAAAAGAAAAGUGUAUCAAAACAAUGGAAAACGAAAAGGCGAACAAAAGAUUUAGACCAAAUUCAUGAAGAUAUGAAACCUGAAAAUGCAGACAAAUUAUUGCACCAGGAAAUAGAUUAUGAUGCCAUAGGAAAUGCACAAUUCUAUUGCUUACACUGCGCGCGAUACUUCAUUGAUCAAAGAAGUCUCAAAGAGCAUUUUAAAACAAAAGUUCACAAACGAAGACUAAAACAAUUAAGCGAAGAGCCAUACACUCAGGAAGAAGCAGAACGAGCAGCUGGAAUGGGAUGCUAUAAACCAGCAAAGAAAGUCAAAAUUGAGACUCAAGCAAUAGAAGAAGACAUGAAAAUAUCAUAAUAUGAUUUUUGUAAAGAAAAAACUCCUCUUCAAAAAAACACAAAGCUCUUUUAAUAUUGUUCAGAGCUUUAAAUAAUUAUUCAAUCUCAAAGACUUGGUGGCUCUGAUCUUAUUGAUUCAGCUGACCGUCUUAAAUGCCAGCAUCAUGUUUCUAAAAAGUCAUCUAAAACUGAUAACUUUAUUCAUUUGAUAGGAUGUGUUGUAACCUUCCAAAUAGGCCAUCUACAGAAAUAAAGAAAUUCCAAAGAGAA